AUGGAAUCCGUCCGACGUGUUGGGACGUGCGCAGGACCCGUCGUGAGUCAGGGACUCGCGUACAAACCAAACGCACCCGCGACCGAGCGCAUCUUGUUUCUCUCGGACCAUCUCGACGCGUCCGAGCUCGUCUGUGCCGCACUCGUCAAUGCCGUCGCGAGCAAGCGGCCCAAUCUCCCUGGAAUGACGCACAUAGAACUCGCCACGCGUGAAUAUUACGCUAUAAGAGAUGGGAUAUUAAACGUCUGGCAUGACCUUCUCACCAUGCUCGUCGCCGCGCACCACAACGAAGUCGAGUCGGGGAGCCUGGUAUGGAGAUUGGCGGAGCAGACGGUGCAGAUACUGCAUGGUAGAGAAGAAGGCGCCACAAAUUCGUUUGUGAUGGUUUUAUUGGAGCAGUUGGAUGGGCUGGCACAGAGGAUGGAGGUUGUGCGAAAAAAACUCGUUGAUGCAACCUCCCAGACGAGCACGAGCACCAGCCUGCGCGAUGUGGUUCUAGAAGGAGAGCUGGAAAAAGUAGGCGAGCAACUUGUCGGCCCGGAUAUCCUGCAUUUACUCCAGUGGACGUCGAAAUUUGAUGCAGCGGACGAUCUCGGUAUACACGUUACAGCCGCUGCGCUUUACGCGCUAUCCUCUUCCCCACCAACCACCGAUGCGGCACUAUCGAACCUAUCCGACGUCGAUUACAUCAAAUCACUGCUAACAAGAUUCGACAAAGGAACGGAUUGGAAGUCCAAAGGUGUCAAAUCGGCGCUUCAACUACAAUGUUCGCUCUUCCUGGUUGCUUGUCGCGCAAAAGAUCCGACGGCGUGCGACGAGCAGAACGCGACAGUCGAUGCAGUGGAGACGAUGGCUACAGACGCCAUGGAAAGCGACGCCUUUAUUUUCCUAGACCAAAUCGUUGCUGCGACCGCGAUUCCCACUGCGUCCAAAGGUGCAGACCUCGUCGACGAGGAUGUGCGACCAAAAGUCUACGCGGCAGUCGAGUCUGUCGUCAUCGGACUACUCGUGUCAUUACCAAACGUCCUCAAGCGACUCAAACAUCGUCAAGAGGAUAUUGGGCUCUCGGCGCGAAAGCACCAACCGACACCAUUUGUCACAGCUCUAGGAAGAACGAUUGUCGAACCAGCUCCCGUUGCACCCGCACCAACGCCACGAACGGAUAUUGCAUCGCUAUUCAAGUUGAUCGGUACCAUUUACGACGCGCUUCCGGCCGAGUCUGCACUCAAGUUCUGGACGGUGCAGAACGUUGGCAAGAACAGACAAGCAGAUAUCGUCAACGCUCGAUUACCGUCUUUCCUUCGAUGGGCGGCCGAGUCGAGAGGGGAGGUCAUGGUACCUGCCGUGUACGACAUGUUAGCGGGCUUGGCCAAAGGCACGGCAUGCAGUGAGCACGCGUACAACUUUCUUUCCACGGGAGGGGUCUCCACGAGCGCAUUGGCGGGCAUGCAAGUCUCCUAUGGUGGUGGUGCGUUCUCAUGGUCCGUUCUUUUUGGAUCAUUGGGGUAUUACGCAGAUGCUCUACCGAAUCCACGCACCAUUCAACAACACCGACAACAAGGCCCACUUCCGGAGAUGCGUGUAGAAGAGGCGAGCUUACUCGUCUCGUUCCUCAAACUUCUUCGCGUCGUCGUGCAUUGGUCUGUUCCCGCGCGCCUGGCACUCGCCGAUCAUCCACAAUACCGCGCUGUUCCCGCUAUGCUCCAACUUGCGACGUGCCGAGUACCACUCGAGCUCAAAGGAGCAAUCUAUGAAGCUGUUGGGGCCUUCUGUGCACCUGGCGGUGGCGUAGCAGGUGCUGCGAUCUGUAGGAACACAUGGCUCAUGCUCGAGCAACUCCAGGUCCUAGACACGCUAAAUGUAGCUGUUGGCGUAGGUGCCACGCACGGGAUCAAGUUUGAACUGCUCGAGGUGGAGGUUCCGAGCAAAGUAUACCCUUGCACACCCGCGUUUAUUCGGCUCAUGAACUCGCUCAUCCACACGUCCAAAGAUUUGUCGCUUCGACAGGUACUAUUCGGCGCAGACGGUGGAAAGACAAUCCCAGAUGGACUCGGCCUCCCUCAUCGACAGCUCCCCCUUGCGCCCUACCUUUCCUUUGCGGCCGACGAUGUCCUUUUCUUAGCGGAAGACGCAUUCAAGACAGACGCAGACAGAUGGUCACUCAAGGACCUGUGUUUGCAGUUUGUUGAAAAGUCACUGGCAAGCUUUGACUUGGAGUCGAUACCCGCUGCAUUGCAGGCGAUUGCAACACAGGGCCCACAAGUCAUCAAACCCUAUGUUCUUCACCCAGGCUUCGAUGUGAUGACGCGGUUACUCACGGAUACUCGUCUGCGUGCCGUCAUCAGCGAUUUCCUCGCUGAAGGUCCGAACAAGAUGGAGAAAGGAACCAUCAAAACGACGUUUUUCGAGAGCUGCAUGCGACGCGUGGUACGCAUCGUUCAUCGAGUGCUAGACGUACAGAGCUUCUUCCUCGACAUGCUCGUCCCAGCUAUUCAGUCGUUCGACUUUUCCCCCAUCCUCAACGACUUUGCGCCCGGACAACUCAUCGCACUUGACCGACAUCUCUUGUUCAAUCACGUCCUCGUCGAACGCAUCGCUCUACUUGUCACGAUGCCAAGCCCAGAGAUUCAAUUGCUCUGCAUCCGAAUCCUCGGUUUACUCGCUCUUUCUCCCAAUUUCACCAUCAUGGACCAACAGGCCUCGCGAAUGGCACGGAGACUCAACAGGCUCGCCGUCAUUGUCCAGAACAGCGACGACUCGGUGCGCAUAAACGACGGAUUCGCCGCCCUCCUGGCUACUCCUUCUGUAGAAACAGACGAAGCGGACGAUCUAGAGAUGCAUAUUGGUGCUGGGGCGCCAGCCCUGGAGGAGGGCGCAGAGGAAGUAUCGUUGACGCACAUCAUCCGACUGGAGAUAAUGGAUCUCCUUUUGAAAAACUCGGAAAAGGGACGACCAGCGCCCAACCUCGCCCAUCUUCUCCUCGGCUUUGAUGUUGCCACCGCGUCGACCAAUGAAAUGUCCAUCCAGGACCCCAAUGCGCUAAACUCAAACGUCUCGUGUUUCCACGUUGUCACGGACCUUUUACGAGAAGGCAUUCCAUCGUUGGAUUCUACGCAGAAGCGACGCCACGACGCAGCAUUGGGUGCUACUCCCCUCUAUUUCAAAGCACCUCUUCUCGCCGAAAAGUGCCAUCGACUCUUCUACCAACUUUGCUCACAUGAGCUCACUAGCAAGCCAUCUGCUCGCUAUCUUCGUACACGAGAAGACUAUUUUGCGCGAAACUUGGCAGCGCUUCCCAUCCGCGCUCCAGAGAUCUUGACCCAACCGGAGGGUAUGGCAAGUUAUGCAGACGGGACAAGUAUCGAUACGACUUGUCGAGCCCUCAGUUCGUUCUUGCGUAUGCGAUCAUGGCUACUCGAGUCGAUUGCACUCGAGCUGCAUCUCCUCACGGAUGAGCGCCAAUUCCCCAAAGCGGGUCGCUUACUCGACAUCCUCUUUGGGAGCGUUGAUACCAUGAUAGCCGACACAUCCAUCGAUGACCUGGAGGACCAGUUCUUUGGCAACGCUGUCCAAGUGUUCGCCCCUGGCCAGUCACUGAUGCUCCUUCGACUUGGCGUGGCAAGACUCGGUCGCGCUCCAAAGCGAAGUCAACUGUAUUUCUAUGCAUCACUCGACUACUCUUCUUGUCUCCAAACGGCAGAAAGUGGUGCAGAGAUUAUCGAUAGGGACGCCCUUAUCGGUCUUUUAUCGACAAUCCGCCGUAUGCGAGAAGAAACCGGACAUCUUACUCCAGAAGCAGAAGAACAACUUUCCCAAGAGACCAAGUACCUUUUGGAGAGUUGUGUCAAGGAGAACAAUCGACGAGAGAUUGAGCAUGCAAAGUCAAUGGGCUUCGAGGCAUGGCGACGAGUUGUCAACAUUUCGCUCGCAAAGUGCUUUAACAGGCUUCCUAUUGACGGUCGUGAGGGUAUCCUCUUCGAUCUGCUUCAGGAAGUUCCACCAGUCAUUCGCCAACCAUCCCUUGCCGUCUCAUCCGCCAUCCUUCUCUCCGAAGUCACGGUGAUGCUCAUCACCAAACUGCGGGAGGACAGGAGUCAGCGAAUCCAAAUGCAGGCGCUCACUGACGAUUCCAAUUUCGCUGCGACGUCGCUUCCGGAAGAUCGGUUCCAUGGCAUUUUGAAGAGCUUGAUUGAGAGUCUUCUUACAUCAGGCAUGCCAGAGGUCGUUCGCGGGAAUCUUUACGCGUCCGUUACCAACCAUCUUCAGCUCGUUCAAACGGUGGCCAAUGUGCGUCGAAUGCACUCAGUUGUGGAUGAUGAGCACGAAGAAGAGCCCUUGUUCGGAAGUUCCAAGGCGUUCCAGUCCUAUACUGCCCUUGAAAUCGGUUGCGUCAAUAUCAUCAACUCUCUCUCAGAACGCCUCAUUCCUGUCCUAUGCCGCGAUGCAAUCGAUGGUAGUGAGGUCUGGAAGACGGUGGCAUUUACAUUACUGGACUCACUCAUACGACUAUCACGUAUCCAACGCCAACACCGCGUCCUUCAUCUUCUUUCAAGAGGCGGAUAUCUUGGAAACUUCUGUGUAGGCUUCAAGGAGGCAGAUGAAGAGCUCCAGGGCACACUGGUGCCCGAGCCAAGUUCUCUAAAUGCGUUGUUUGUUCACGAGGCAAAGACAGCGUUCCUCAUUCGAAUUGCCCAGACACGCGCUGGUGCCGAGAGGCUGCUGGCUGCGCGACUUCUCUCUGUUCUCGCCCAGUGCGAUUACAUUGACGCAAGGCCGGACGCUACCCAAACGUUCCAAGAUACGGACUCGCUUUUUUCACCUUCACUCGAAAGAUGGCAUCAGCUUGUGAAGCCCACGUUACAACUCGUUGCCAGUGUACUCGCUACUCUAGGCUCCUCAAACGGCGAAGCCUACAAGCAAGCGAUGGAGUUUGUCCUCAACCACCGAGAGACUCUGAGAGCCCUACUCAUGGAAUCUGGCCGACUUUCCCUGGCACAUCUCUCCGAGCUAUCUCUGGUCGUUGCCAUAAGCUCGUACGUCGUACCAAGGGUGGAUCGUAAUGACCUUACGACGCGCUCAAGUGGAUUUGGGCCUCUACAUGAAGUUAUUCUGACACUGGCUUCAAAAACCAUAUAUACCGGCCGAUGGGGAGCAGUCGUUGCUCCAGCGAAUGACGCUGAACUGGCGGAAAGUCGAAAUGCUCCGGCUGCAUUCCAAGCGCGAAUUCUUGAAGCUACAGAAGACCUUCAACGUGCGGUCUUCAAUUACCUUGUCGCCUCGAGUGACGCUUCCGGUCCGACGCUCUACCCACAACUGUCGACUAGUUUGUUCGUCCCUCGAGAUGGAGACGUGAACCCUCAGCAAGCAGGACCCGUUCCUAGUGUCGGUGAUGCGAUCGUAGCGCUCCGAGAGGUUUAUAGCUACCUCAACCGCUCGCUACUGGAAGUCAAUUCGUAUUCUGUCAAGUUGCUCAAUCAAGAUAGUUCAGGAAUGGACGAGCUUGAAGAGGCGCGUGCAUAUACCGGCAUUGCACUUGCAUCUUUGGAAGGGUCGGAAUUACUUGAACCGUCUCAAAAACGUGCACUCGCCUUUGGCCACCUCCAAGAAAUGAUGAACCAGCGGAUCAAAGACUCGAACCACUACAUGGAUUCCUUGGAGGAACUCUUGCUGCUGGUCUGGAGACACGUUGAUUAUUACAUCAAUUACCGGAGCACCCCAGCGAUUGAUGGCCCAACCGAGCCAGCACCAAAGGCCAAUGAAUUGGGCCUGAGUCAAACGGCACGACCCACACCGACGCCACCGCCGGAAACACGAAGUGGAUGGGGCAUGAGCUUAUUCUCGCCCUUCCGACGAAGAGCAGAUUCGCCUGCGCCGGGGACUGGUGGUACAGCAACUAGUCCCGCACCACUUGGGGCGUCGGUGGCCCUCGCAAAUGGAACUGGGCGGAGUCAGCUGGGGAGAAGUAUGUUGACGGUCAGUGCGCUUGGUGGACGGGCGCCUACGUUGCGGAGUACCGAGGAUAGCCAAGCAGAGGCGUUUAGGGUGGACGUUGCCAGAGUGCUGGAACCGCUACUUGAUCGACUGGAUGAACUGCAGCUGCCGGACGACAUUGCCUCGCUGGACUUCCGCAUACGUGGACCGUAUGUACAGUCGUUUAUCAAGCGAUUACGGGCGGUGAUAAAGGCUCCAACAAGCGAAGAGACGGAAGAGUAG